AUGGUGUUUCUUUUAGAUAUCCCACGCGAACUAUCUCUUCAGAUAGUCAGGCUUCUUGACCUCGGCGACAAAGUCAACCUAAGUGCAAUAUUCAAACGAUACAGAGCCCAAUUAUUCCCGGAUAUUUUCAACACCAUACGAUUCACCCCAAACGAGACAUCAGCGACAUCUGCACUGAUUGCCGUGCAGGCUUACGGGCAACUCAAGUUUGAUUUUGGCCUUGAUAGCGUACGGGACGAGGUUUCCGUCAACUUUGGGGAUGUAGAAGAUGCAAACGUCAUUGGUGCAAAAGAACUGCAACAUAAAUGGCGGGCGCUUAUGAAGGAAACCUGGGAGGCCCUUGCGAUUAAUACGUCCGUGAGGGAGCUUAUCCUUGACGAGCUUCCCCCAAAGUGGACAUCUGCGUACUAUACUGAUCCGUUUCGCCAACUUCUUGGCCAGCUUGAAUCGGCAACAUUCAACUUCUUCGGCUUUGAAGAUUAUGACGGAUGCCGGACUAGUACGGCGCUCGGUUGUAACAACUUUCUCCGCAACUUGGAUGCUCUGUUUUUCCGCUACAUGACGGGACUAAAACAUUUAAAUAUCCGGGCUUUUGAUCUUCUAGGCCUCGACAAUGAUUUGCCAGAUAUCCCGCUUGCGUUAAAGCCUGAAGAUCUUCCACUAUUACAAUCUCUGAAGCUAGAAGACUACGUCAUCUCUCCAGAGUUGGUCUCAUUCAUAAGAGGCCAUACCCAGAUCCUUGCGUCUCUCAACAUUAAUGAAUGCUCUAGCAUGAUAGACACCCCAUCCUACGUCGAGAGUCUAUCCUGGGCUGAGUUCUUUGAUCAGGUAUACGAAGCGAAGCCAAGACUUACCGAAUUAGUCGCGGGAGGUAGUAAAGCAUCUUUCCUGCAAGAAAACCAAUUGGAUGAGUGGUUAGGCGACGACAUUGAGAAUAUGCUCCAGAGGAUGAAAACAGACCCGACGUUUAUUUUGUUUAGGUACAUAUUUGUGGACGGCGAUUGCGGUACGCCAUUUGUGUAUGAGGGUCUGAAUGUGGAACGAUAUUACGAUGGUAGUGACCAGAGAGCAUACGAUCGUCUAAUGGGACUAGUUGAGGAAAAUAGGGCGUGCCUCGGCAGAGUUUAA